CGCCGUGCCGUGCCGUGCUGUGCAGGAGAGCAGGGGAUCCCGGAGAGCAGAGCGAGGAGGCGUGCGGGCGAGUGCGGCUGCCUGCUUUGCUUCCGACGCGCGUGCCCUCGGAAUCGGUUGGAUUCCCCACCCAAUUCCCGUCGCCAUGGCCGCGCCGCCUUCUCCUUCGUCCCCCUCCUCGUCUGGCGAGGUCGCCGCCCACAGAUUCGGCGGCACCAUGGAUGCAUCAUCAUCGCCCUCAAGGACAGAGUUGUUGACCAUGGUGAAGAAGCACUCACAUUUGAUUGGGUGGACAAUUGUUGAUGCUGAGGAUGAUGCAUCAGAUGUAGGAAUGGAUGAUAAAUUCUGGCAUGAAAUGCUCGAUCUAUUCUUUGUGCGUGGCAGGCAACCAAAAAGAAGUGAAGAUGACGACCUCGUCUUCUUUGUUAAUAACAUGAAAUUGCAUGGUUAUGGUUUUAAUGAUAACAUGGAAGAUCCGCCUCCCUUUUUUGUACGGAGAUGGGCUCCCACGCAGCUUGAGAAGAUCAGUAUUAAUACAGUGGAGGUUGAUUGGGAACGUUCAUUCUAUUUGAAUUUAAUUGCUCACACGUCGUACACUGUCACUGUUGCAAUAUUUGGCAUUGGAGAUCUUCGCAACCGUGCAGCGAAAAGCAAACAGCUGUCUCCAGUUUAUAAGGUUACAAAAACUGUAUACGCGUCCCCUAGCCGUGUAAAUUUUCAUCUUGACCGAAGGAAGGCUGUAGAAACAGUACCAGCAUAUCCCAACAUCUUUUUCUCAGUAGACGACUUUGAUGAUACUUUUGAUGCUGUGCAGGUUUUGUCAGAUCCUGAACACUGCUAUUGUGUGAUUCUCAAUGCACAUGAUGGGGCAGCAUUUCCUGAAGAAACUGAGUCCAAGAAUCCUGUUUCAAAUAUACAGCCUGGAGUGAGCUGUGGGAGUGCCCAAGAAAAACCACCAAAGAGAACUCUCUUCUCAGGUUACGUGAGCUACCAAAACGUCCGUGAGGCUUAUGAUGCUGGCAGAUCAAAAUUUGGGAGCUUCCUCUCACUUGGGCAUGACCACAAUAAGCUUGACAGACUUUUCAUGAGGGGCCCAGAAGGACGUGGAGAGGUGGAAGUAGCUGUCUGUGGCAUUGCAGAUCAGAGCCGUGAGAAGUCAAAGAAAGAUCCAGGAGAUAGCUUUCGAGUCCUUGUUCACAGAGCAGCUUCUGCUGCAUCAAAGCUAGCGAAGCAUGCUUAUGAUUCUGCAUCUGCUAACAAACGGAUGGAUGAUGAGCUUGUGCCUCUGAAGUGCUGCUUGAUGUCUGUGUCUCUUCCUUGGGACUACAUUGCCCAUGAUCUUUUGCACAAGGACACACCUCCAUUGGAUCUAUGAAGGCAGAUCUUUACUACCAGUCAUAGGACGAAUCCAGGCAUAAUGAAAUUAAGACAGAAUCAAAAUGGAAGCGAGAUGUACAUGUGUACUUUUAGAUCAAAUAUAUGUAAAGUGAGUUUUGCAACGUGCUUGUGCACAGAUGAUCAUACUAUGUAAAUAUGUUGUUAUUUGUUCUUUCGUUGCUCUGUUCUUUAUCAGUAAA